UGGUGCUGGGAACUGUUUAAAGCUUCAUUUUAGACUCUCGCAGAUAAUAGCCUCUAGGUGUGAAUUCUGGGACAAUGUGGAUCUUGGCACUGUGGCUACUCCCUGUACUCUGCAAAUUCAGCCUAGCAGGUCUGCCAACUAAGCCAGAGAAUAUUUCCUGCAUCUUUUACUUCGACAGGAAUCUGACUUGCACUUGGAGUCCAGAGAAGGAAACCAAUGAUACCAGCUACACCGUGAGGAUGACUUACUCCUAUGGGAAGAGCAGUUGCACUGUUAAUGCUACAGAGGCUUCGUGUUCUUUUCCCUCUUACUGUGCAAUAGCCCCAGACAACUGCAGUGUUGAAGUAGAAGCUCAAAACAACGAUGGUAAAGCUAUAUCUGCCAUCACAUAUUGGGAUUUAAACUCCAUAGCGAAAACCGAACCACCUAUAAUUUUAAGCGUGAAUCCAAUUUCAAAUAGAAUGUUCCAGAUACGAUGGAAACCCUGGGAAAAGAUUCAUGUGUUUUCUUUAACAUGCAUGAUUCGGUUCAGGACUGUCAACAGUAGCCACUGGACGGAAGUCGAUUUAGAGGAUUGCGAUCGGGUCUUCAACCUCACAGGGCUUCAGGCUUUCACACCAUAUGUCCUGGCUCUACGAUUCAGGUUCAAUGAGUCAAGAUACUGGAGCAAGUGGAGCAAAGAAGAAACCAGAACGACUAUGGAGGAAGUUCCCCAUGUCCUGGACCUGUGGAGAAUUCUGGAGCCAGCAGAUGUGAAUGGAGACAGGAAAGUGUUACUGCUGUGGAAGAAGGCGAGAGGAGCCCCAGUCUUGGAGAAAACAUUUGGCUACAACAUACAGUACUCUGCAGAAAAUAGCACUAACGUCACGGAGAUAAACAACAUCACUACCCAGCACUAUGAACUGCUUCUGUUGGGCCAGACGCACCGUGUGUCCGUGACUUCUUUUAACUCUCUUGGCAAGUCCCAAGAGGCUGUACUGAGGAUCCCAGAUGCUCAUGAGGAGACCUUCCAGUGCAUCAAGGGCAUGCAGGCCUACAUAGCUGAGCCCCUGCUGGUGGUGAACUGGCAGAGUUCCAUUCCUGAGGUGGACACUUGGAUAGUGGAGUGGAUCCCAGAAACAGCUGAGUCGAAGUUCCCUGCUCUUUGCUGGGAAUCUGUGUCUCGGGUCACCAACUGGACCAUCGAGCAAGAUAAAUUAGAACCUUUCACAUGCUAUAAUAUAUCAGUGUAUCCAGUGUUGGGACACCACGUAGGAGAGCCAUAUUCCAUCCAAGCUUAUGCCAAAGAAAAAGCUCCAACAUCUGGUCCCAAUACCACGGUGAACAACAUUGGUUUGAAGACAGCCGUGGUCACAUGGAAAGAGAUUCCCAAGAGUAUUAGAAAUGGAUUUAUCCACAAUUACACGAUAUUUUACCAAGCUGAAGGUGGAAAAAAACUCUCCAAGACUGUUAACUCCCACACCCUUCAGUAUGACCUGGAGUCUCUGACACGAAGGACCUCUUACACUGUUUCUGUCAUGGCCAGCACCAGAGCUGGAGGCACCAUCGGGUCGAGCAUCAACUUCAAGACAUCGUCAAUCAGUGUCUUUGAAAUUGUCCUUCUAACGUCUCUAAUUGGAGGAGGCCUUCUUCUACUUAGCAUCAAAACAGUGACUUUUAGUCUCAGGAAGCCAAACAGCCGAUUGACUCAUCUGUGCUGUCCUGAUGUUCCCAACCCUGCUGAAAGUAGUUUAGCCACCUGGUUUGGAGAUGAUUUUAAGAAGAAGUCAAAUAUGAAGGAGACUGAAAAUUCUGGGAACGCAGAAGACCAGGUCCUAAAACCAUGUCCUGUCCCCGCUGACCUCACUGAUAAGCUGGUAGUGAACUUUGAGAAUUUUCUGGAAGUAGUUUCGACAGUGGAAGCUGGAAAGGGUCAGGAGAGCGUUUUGGGAGGAGAAGCGAAUGAAUAUGUGACCUCCCCAUCCAGGGCUGACUGUCCCCCAGGGAAAAGUUUUAAGGAGCCUUCAGUUUUAACUGAGGCUGCUUCUGAAGACUGCCAUAGCCAGAGUCCGGGAAUGGUGGAAGAGACAUACUCAGAACUUGACAACCAACCUUUACCUUCCUGUCAGAGUCCAAGACUGGAGCCCCCUUGUGAAGAGCGAGCUCAGAAUCUAUAUCUGAAAAAUUCAGUGACAACCAGAGAGUUUCUUAUGCAUGAAAAUAUUCCAGAGUACAGCAAGGGAGAAAUCUAAGUGCUGCUAUGGUCUGGAACCCUCGAAGACUGAAUGGAUCUCUUCCCUAGCAAAGACACGGAAACUUCCAGAAGCCUCCUUCCACCCUGCCCUGUUCAGUUUGCUGCUGAGCUGCCCAGAAAUUGGUGACGCAGCUGUGGACUUAGACCGGGAAGAAUGGAAUGCUUUACAGGGGACAGAAGUUACUUCUGUGCGCUCUCACAGACGCCC